GCUUCUUAUCGAUAUAUACUGCAUGCCGUUAUCCACGUAACUAGUUAUUUCUCAAAAAGAAGAAAGAGAAGAAACAUAACAAACAAUUCAUAGUUUAAAUCUUGGAAAUUUGUAGCCUCGCAUUCACAACCAUCUCUCUUCCAGCCUUACUUCAAAUCCUCGACAAUUAAAAACACCACACACCAAGCAGGCCCAUCAUGUCCGAAGAAAGAGAACUCGAUCAAGCUCAGGCUACAGAGGUUGUAGUAGCACCAGCACCGAAAAAAUUAAAAAAGAUAAUACGAAAGAAACGUCCUGCUCGACCACAAGUCGAUCCCUCCUUCAUCACAUCCGAACCACCUCCUCAGACCGGUACUAUCUUCAACAUAUGGUAUAACAAAUGGUCAGGCGGUGACCGUGAAGAUAAAUACCUAUCCAAGACUCACGCGAAGGGUCGGUGUAAUAUAGCUAAGGAUAGUGGAUACACCCGCGCCGACAAGGUCACUGGAUCAUACUUCUGUCUAUUUUUCGCGCGCGGCAUCUGCCCCAAGGGCCAAGAUUGCGAAUACCUACAUCGAUUACCGGGAAUACACGACCUGUUCAAUCCAAAUGUAGACUGCUUUGGGCGCGACAAGCACUCGGAUUACCGCGACGACAUGGGUGGCGUUGGCAGUUUCAUGCGCCAGAACCGGACCAUCUACGUCGGCCGCAUCCACGUCACCGACGACAUCGAGGAGAUUGUCGCACGCCACUUCGCCGAGUGGGGCCAGGUCGAGCGUAUCCGCGUCCUCAACACCCGCGGCGUCGCUUUCAUCACCUACACCAACGAGGCCAACGCCCAGUUCGCCAAGGAGGCCAUGGCCCACCAGUCCCUCGACCACGAAGAGAUCCUCAACGUCCGCUGGGCCACCGCCGACCCCAACCCCAUGGCCCAGGCCCGAGAAGCGAGAAGAAUCGAGGAGCAGGCCGCCGAGGCUAUCCGACGAGCACUGCCCGAGGAAUUCGUGGCCGAGAUCGAGGGACGAGACCCGGAGGCGAGGAAACGGAGGAAGAUCGAGAGCAGUUUCGGACUCGAGGGAUACGAGGCGCCAGACGACAUCUACUUUGCACGGGGAGUGCAAGCGGUCAAUCCAGUUGGACGACAGGGAUACGAGUUGGAGCAAGAGCAGAGAUUAAUGAUUGAGAACGGUGAAGCAGGCGCGUCGUCAUCAGCUCUAGCGGCGAUGAUUGAACCCGCAGAGCAGCAGCAGGAAGGGGGAAUCUUCUCGAGCAGCACAUUAGCAGCGUUGAAAAACGCGCAGGUAUCAGCUGGCCCGAAAACAAAGGCAGCUGCGUCGUCAGGACCUUUGGUGGCGUACGGUAGUGAUAGUGAAGACGAUGAUGAAUAAGAGUUGAUAUAGGGAAGGGAAGGGGGUUAAGGGGGCAGCUUCAUGAACAAAUACAUAAGCAAAUGAUCGUUCAGAAGAAGCACGCAAAUUUGUACAUAUACUAUAACCCCCCUUUUUUUUCAAACAAACUAGAGAUACCACUGCCCAGAGCAACCAAAAUUGACCCUAUCGAAACCCCUAACCUAGCCCUCAUUGUUGACUCGCUGCCAUGAAUAGCAACUCGUAAUCAUAACCAUAACCUUUCCUUCCCCCCUUCCAAGUCGACAAAAACAC